AUGGCGCUGAGCUUCGGGGUCUUGGAGGAAAUCCUGCAGGGCUCGGAGGUGGCUCCGCCCAUCUUGGAGCUGCGCGGGCUCAAGCCCUUGGACGGCCAGAGGUACACCGUGCACUUGGCCGAUGGGCGGUAUCUCAUGAGGGGGGUGGUGGUGGCUGCUGCGGCGCAGAGCAUGGUGCGGCACGGAGAUCCAGUUGGUUUGCGAGUGAGGCUCCAAAAGUUCAAGUUGGAGGUUGCCAAGAACAGGGAGCACUUGAAGUUCCUCCUCAUCUUGGAGGCGGAAGUUGUGCGUAGAGCAGACCCCGACGAGCAGCUCGAUGAUCACACUCUUCAGAAAUUGCCCUUGCCAAUGCCAGCUGCCCAAGUCGCUGGCAACGAUGUCCCUUUCACGCAGGCAGUGGGCGGUGGCGGCUGGCAGUUCGAGCGCUUGGCUCAGUCUAUGUCAGGCUGUAAAUGA